AUGAGUUCGUCUUUGAGGCUUUGUGUUGUGGUAAUUGUUGGAGUAGCACUCCACAAGACCCCCACACCCUGUCAGCAAAAGGAACCGACAGCAACCCUCAAGCUUUUCUCACCCUCGUUCCAGAUCCUGCCUUCGGACUUGCGUAAGAUCUUGUUAAGCGACGUCUCCGGUCUCGGUGUUCUCGGGCUCCAAAACAAUUGUCUUUUACGGUUUUGGGUAAGGUGUGUGAGAUUGACAUGA